CCCCUUUGGAAAACAAGACCUUCGGGACAAACAAAAACCAAAAGCCAAUUAAAGAAAAACAUAAAACUCAAAAGCAACGAAACGACGUCGUCCUCCACUCUCGCAUUUUCUCAAAGGGAAGGGGUGUAAAGAAGAAAAGCCUCCACAACUCCAGAGCUCGAAAGAGAAAGACUGUGAUAGAAUGAGGUUCAGCGUCGACCUCCAGGAAGCGGAAGCGGACCCGGGGCGGUCCCCGACGCCCAAGAGAGACGAAGUGGAGUGGGUCCCGUUGCAGAACCUCCCGGUCUUCUCCUCCGCCACCGGCCCGGUCCGCGACCCGACCGCAGCUCGACCGCUCAGAAACCUCUUGGCUUGGGACGGAGCGUCUCGGCUUUACUUCUGGGACUCCGAUAAGCUCUGCCUUAACCGGAUCUCCAUUCGCCUCGGCGAGCCCGACCAGACUUCCGUCCUCGCUGCUUCGCCUUCUAAGGUGCUGCAAGCAGAUGUAAAUCCUGACUUUGCGGUUCAAAAAAUCUCGAUCAAUAGGAAUGGAUCAGCAUUGCUUCUUUCUGGUUCAGGUGGUCUAUGCGUUAUGUAUCUUUAUGGGCGUACUUCCAACAAAGACAAUGCAACGAUUUGCAGGACUGUGACUGUUGGUUCACCAAUCUACUUAAGUGGAAGCAAUAUCAUACGUAUUCUGCAAGUUUCAUGGCACCCUAACAGUGACACCCAUCUGGGAAUUCUUUCCUCUGAUUCAGUUUUCAGAAUAUUUGAUUUGUCUUCAGAUCUUAUUCAACCAGAGCAAGAAUAUUAUCUACAGCCUGUGCAACCAGGUAGAUCUAGGAAUGCAACAUCAAUUUGCCCGGUGGACUUCUCAUUUGGGAGUGAUCAUCUGUGGGACUUGUUUAGUGUUUUCAUUUUGUUCAACGAUGGUUCAGUUUACAUCCUGUGUCCUAUUAUACCAUUUGGAAGUGCUUACAAGUGGGAAUCCAUAGUAGAGAUCUAUAAUGAUGCUCAGACAUUUGGCCUGAAGUCAGCCAACUCAGUGGCUGUUAGUAAUUCAAAUCUAGCUAUUUCUUGGUUGGAAGCAACAUUUCCAGCAAUUGCAGACCAAGAAACAGAAGGAUCAGAUCUAUAUGUGUUAAGAGCUCAUCCUUAUGCUUUAUUUGAUGCAUCACUCUCACUGCAGGGACCCCUGAGGAAAGUGUGUCGUGAUGAGGAUGAAGAAGGUUCAGCCUUUCGGGGUGCAGAAUGUGAAGGUGGAGCAGUCAGUUUUCUUUAUAAUUUAGUCGUCAAAGAUUCAAUUCUGGUGACUGCCUGGAGUGGUGGGCAAUUGCAAAUAGAUGCUCUGGCUGAUGAAAUCCAACCGGUGUGGAAUGUCGGCAGCCCACCUCGCCUUCGUGUUGAUUCCAACGAUCAUAUACGGGGUCUGGCAAUGAUUUGUGAGCCAACCCCAGGUAAGGUUUCACCUGUGAAGCUUAAUCAACCUCUUGAUAGCACUCUUUGGUUGGGGCACCCUCCCCCUCUGUUGAGACUGGCUAUUGUGGAUCUGGCUCUGCCUAGGAAAACAAAAGGCGGUUCUCUUAUUAUGAUGUUUAUUGAUCCCCUCAUGCCGGAAAGAAUAUUCACCCUUCAUGAUGGAGGGAUAGAUUCAAUAGUGUUGCAUUAUCUCCCGUUUACAAAUCAGAUCAGUGGCAAGAAUGAGACCAUGAGAACUCCUUCGGUGCAUCCUGUUCUAAGCACAUGCCAGGGAGAAAUCUCCUCGCAAUCUCCACUUUCUGGUUUUGUGUCAUUAUCAGAUUCAUUCGGGUGUUCAUGGAUUGUGGGAGUCACUGGUUCUCGAGAAUGUAUCGUGCUGGAGAUGAAGACUUGGAACCUGUUGCUUCCUUUUCAAGUUGAUAUGGAGGGCAAAUCUCUUCGCCUGGAAGAACCAAAAGAGAAAGAUAUGCCAGAUAUGAUAAGCAAAGAGCUCCUUGUUGGACCUAAGGUGGUUCUUGUUCCUCAGACCUCACCAAAUGUGCGUUCUGUUUCUGCUGAUUCUAUUGAAGGUCGAUCAAUGCUUCAUGAUUACUUCAAGCUUUUUCAUGAAAAUUAUGUGGAGUAUGCACAUAAGGUUUACUUUGAACUGAAGCAUCAUGAACCUCUCUUGAAGAAGAUAAUUAAUGACCAGCAUGCUCGCUUAGGUGAUGCACAACAGAAGCUCUUGCAAGUAGAGGAGAAACAAUUAAAAUUGGAGAACAGGAUUGAUAGUGCAAUCCAGCUGCACAAUGUUCUGGAGGAGCGGUUGAAACGUCUGCGGAAAUUGCCUGGGCCUCAUAAAAAACCAUUGUCCAGAGCUGAGCGAGAGUUCAAGUCUGAGCUUGACCUCUUUUCCGGAGUUGAGUUGGACGCAUUACAUUCUUCCAUGAACGCUUUAACUGCAAGGUUGAGAAGGCACGCACAGUCGCCAAAGGGCAAUACAUCAAACCAACAAAGGCUGAUAUCAAGGAGGAAAGAUCCUGUGGAAGAAUCUCAAGUCUCCCAGCUGAAAUCCUCACUUGAGAAACUUUCACUGGUCAAUAGUGAGAAUUCAAAAAAGGUUAAGCUUGUUGAAUCUGCAUUAAAAAGUCGGGAAAGCAGCAGAUCCUGAGACCUACGUUGUUUUUGAAUCUGCUAUUGAAUUAUGGUAACCCGGAUGGAUGCAAGUUUUGAACCUGUGGCAGGGCACAUUCUGUCUGCCUCUCUAUUAGAGGGUGUGGCAUUUUGAACAGUAUCUCCAGUCAAAUGUUCGAGUUGAGUAGAAGUUUCUAGAAAUUCAACCAGGGCCACCAUCCACUGUAGUUUGCUGGUAUGCUAGUAGUGGCAGAUGCUCUGAUUGUAGUGUACAAAAGCCCUAUAGUGCUCUAGGAUGUGUUUUACUGUAUUUUCUUAUUGCUCAAUGGUUUCUUACUGAAUUCUGAUUCCUUGAACUUCUUUCUGAUGGUAUAUGUUAAAUCUACCAAACGA